GCAGUCAUAUCUCUGCUGCUAUUGGUUUGACUGGAUGAGGUGAUGUGAGAGAUUGUUGAAAGGAAAAGAAAAUUGAGGUACAUGGCCCAAUAAAAAAGAAUGCUUCCAGCUGUACACAUGUCUGCUCAUAAAGAAUCUAGUCCUUGCAGUGAUGCCACACUACCUACUGUGAACGCAGCCCAGCACAGAAGCAACUGCUCAGCUACAACUGGCACCAACGGAAUGUCUAUAUCAAGAACCAGAUCUUGGGAGCCAUGGAUGAUUGCUUUGAUUGUGUUAGCGGUAUUGCUGGUCUUAGCCACUGCCAUUGGUUUGCUUGUGUACUUUUUGAUAUAUGAUCAGAAGCUAUUCUUUUACAAUGCUUCCUUUAGAAUCAAUAAUGUGCAAUAUCAGCCUAGCUUUGACAAGCAGACUUCAGCAGAAUUUAGAGAACUGAGCAGAAGUAUUGAGAUUUUGAUUAAACAAGCAUUUCAAGCUACUCCCUUAGAAAAAAGGCUCAUUAAUGCACGUGUUGUCAGGCUAAGCCCAGGGAAUGAUGGUGUCCUGGCAGAUGUGGUGCUGAUAUUUAAGUUCGUUGCCACAGAUAAUAAAGAGAUACUCUGGACAAAUAUUUAUCAGACUUUGCUGGAAAAACUGAAGUUGUCAACAUGGCCCUUAAGUAUUGAUAUUUCUUCUUAUAAGCUUUCAGAAAUAAAUGAAGAAAAUGGUACAAAUCUUCUCAACAGUUCAGGCUGUGGGACACGACUGGACAGAUCUGUGGAGAGAAUCUAUGGAGGAUCCAUUGCAGGGGAAGGGGAAUGGCCCUGGCAAGCUAGUCUCCAGCUGAAUGGCAUUCAUCGUUGUGGAGCAACAUUGAUCAGCAAUAAUUGGCUUGUGACUGCUGCUCAUUGUUUUAGAGGUGUCCGAGAUGUCAGAAGUUGGACAAGUAGUUUUGGGGCUCGUCUAAGACCUCCAAGAGUGAGAAGGAAUCUUCGCCAGAUCAUCAUACAUGAGCAUUAUGCUAAUAAUGUCAUGAACCAUGAAUUUGAUAUUGCUGUUGUACAGAUUUCAUCCCCAGUGGAAUUUACAACUGCUGUACAUCGUGUUUGUCUCCCAGAAGCUUCCUAUAUUUUUCCAGAGAAUACAACUUGUGCUGUUACAGGAUUUGGUGCUCUUAAAGAUGACGGUCCCAGUGUUGGUGAACUUCGUCAAACAGAAGUGAAAAUUAUAAGUAAUGAAAUUUGCAACAAAAGAGAAGUAUAUAAUGGAGCCAUUUCAUCUGGAAUGCUCUGUGCUGGAUACCUAGAAGGAGGAAGCGAUGCUUGUCAGGGUGAUUCUGGUGGACCAUUGGUUACAUCUGAUUCAAGAGGAAUAUGGUACCUUGUUGGCAUAGUAAGCUGGGGAGAUGAAUGUGCUAAGCCAAAUAAACCUGGAGUCUAUACACGAGUUACUUACUAUCGAGAUUGGAUUGCUUACCAUACAGGAAUCUGAAAUAAUGACGAGUAACUUUAUAUAAAUGUAUGAGAUCCAAGAUAUUUUUCUUACAAACAGUCAUGCUGCUCUGGUAAAUUCUAUUGAAUAGGGAUUUGUUUUUCUGCUGGAGGCCUCAACACUAUUCCUUCCCAUAUUAUUUCAGAUCCAUGUCUCAUUAUAUUAUAUUAUAAACACUGUUCAUGUGUUAUACAAGAAGAUGAAUAGACUGAAGUAUUUAUCUGCAACCAACAAAAUAAUUUUUUUUGUAACUCUUUAUGAUUCCCAUCCUUAAAAUGCUGCAUUGUGGCACCUCCUUGAUUGCAUUGAAUGUUCAACUCUCCCAACAACUUUGAUAAUUUGGCCAAACUUUUGUUUUGUUUUGAGUGUGUGGUAUUAUUCAAGGAAAGUUGCUGCAUCAUCUCUUCCAGGGAUUGGAGUACUCAGAAACAUAACUCUUUUACAACUGUAUUGCAAAAAUGGAGAAGAUUCUUGGGUGAAGGAUCUUCCAUGGUCUUCCUUAAUUCAUGAAGCCUAGAAAGAGACAUGCCAUGCAGAUUGGGAAAGUAUUGAAGUAAGGAUCAGUUAGUUUGCACCAGUCUUGCUAUUAUAUCAAAUGUGAUAUAAAAGUGCAAUUGCUCACCUUCUUAAAAUAAUUAUGUGGUUUCUCAUGAUCUUUCAAUGACCUUUUCCUAAUCUGAUACCCUCCAGAAUGCUUUGAAUUGCAACUCCCAACAUGGACCAUUUUGAGAAAACAGAACCAAAAGCAUUUAAUAUUCAGUCAAUUCAAAUUAAAUAACAUUUACCUGGAUAGGGAAGAGGAAAUUUAGUGAAAACAAUGUUAGUGAGUUAGCUUGCUAAGUUGAUUUUUAUUAUAAAUAAAAAUUCCAGUGUUUUAUUUAUAAUUCAUUUCAGUUACCCUGUUUCCCCUAAAAUAAGACCUCCCCAGAUAAUAAGCCCAGUCAGGAUUUUGAACACAUAUGCUAAAAUAAGCCCUCCCUGAAAAUAAGCUCUCCCCGAAAAUUAGCUCUCCCCGAAAAUAUUAAACAGCAUGCGCAGCUGGUCCCCACCAUUUCCUCUGGUUUGGGUUAGGGAGACAGAGCUGGAAAUCAGGUAAGACGGCAAGAAAAGCCCCGUCUUGUUCCAUGUGCCCCAAAAUAAUAAGACCUUCCCGAAAAUAAGGCCAAGUGCUUAUUUCGAGAUCCAAAAAAAUAUAAGACAGAGUCUUAUUUUCAGGGAAACACGGUAGAAGAAAUGCUAAUAUAGUUUUCCAUGUUUAUAAUAGCUUCCGCAAACAUUGUCCUUUCCUUUUUCUGUAUAUUUCUUGUUGCUCAAAUACAACCCAGGAUUAUUUAAAGAGUUGGAAACAUUUUUUAAAAUACAUUUCCUUCCAUUCCUUACUCUUAUAUGGCAAAAUUUAAAGAAAAAUAUGAGACAAAAGAAGAUCAAUGUUGCAAAAAUUAUGUGCUUUGAUUAUACCAUCUGUAAAGCUCUAUUUUGAAGCUAUCCAAGCAUGCUUAAGGGUUACUUAUUUCUAAGUAAUAAUGUUUAAAAUGCAGUAACAUUUUUUAAUUCAAUGGGAUUGACAUUAUUAAGACAUGUUUCAUAUCGAGGAGUUCAGCCUGUUCUUUCUUUGGUGAAUAUUCAACUUAACAAAAAUAUUAUUUUGCAUUGCAACCCAUCUGUUAUGCCUUAAUGAUCACAAAUCCCAUAAAUAAACACCACGUGACCAGUGAAAACUUUAUCAUUCUGGUAUCAACAUAUGUGUAACAAAUCAUUUAUAUUUCCAAUCUUUGGGCUGGCUGGCCAAGACUGACAUUUCAAACUGUGUAAGACUCUAAAUCAGCCUUCUGAGUCUGGUGGAACCCCUAAAAUAUUAUUCUGACUUUAGAAAACUCCUGAAUAUUUAGGUUCAAAUAUAGGCCAGAAGUUACAAAAUUAUUAUAUUCAUUUUAUGUGUAGUCAUGCACAUGUCAUGCAUUACUAAAAAUAAAGAAUUAAAACUUU